AGAAGGAGAGGGCUCGAGGGACCGUCUGUCGCGGGACGGGCUGGCCAGCUUAGGCGCUGGGAGGAGGAGGAGGUAGGGGCUGAGGCAGCGGCGGCAGCAGUGCUCGGAGCGGCAGCAGCAGCAGUAGCGGCAGAAACAAGUACCAGACAGACAACAGCUUCUCCGGCUCCAGCAAGCCACAGUCAGUCCCCUGGCCGCGAUGGCGCUGCCAAGCCCGGCGAGCGAGGAAGCUGAGGGGCCCUGUCAGGAGGCAAACCAGGAAUAUCAGGAGCCGGUGUGUAGUCCGGUGCCCGAGCCGGAGCCCGAGCCUGAGCCUCAGCCCCUACCCGAUCCUGCACCCCUGCCUGAGCUGGGGUUUGAGGCUGAGCCCGUGCAAGAACCGGAGCCCACGCCCACAGUGGAGACCCGAGGCACUGCGCGUGGCUUCCAGCCUCCCGAAGGUGGCUUCGGCUGGAUAGUGGUGUUUGCAGCCACCUGGUGCAACGGCUCCAUCUUCGGCAUCCAUAACUCUGUUGGGAUCCUCUACUCCAUGCUACUAGAAGAGGAAAAAGAGAAAAAUCGCCAAGUGGAGUUCCAAGCAGCAUGGGUUGCAGCCCUCGCCAUGGGCAUGAUCUUCUUCUGUUCUCCCAUUGUGAGUAUAUUCACGGGCCGUUUGGGCUGCCAGAUCACAGCCACCACCGGGGCUGCUGUGGCUUUCAUUGUCCUCCACACCAGUUCCUUCACCAGCUCCCUAAGCCUGCGCUACUUCACCUACGGGAUUCUCUUUGGUUGUGGCUGCUCCUUCGCCUUUCAACCAUCACUCGUCAUCCUGGGCCACUACUUUCAAUGUCGCCUGGGUCUAGCCAAUGGCGUGGUGUCUGCAGGAAGUAGCAUCUUCUCCAUGUCAUUCCUGUUACUCAUAAAAAUGCUGGGGGAUAAAAUCAAGCUGGCCCAAACCUUCCAGGUGCUCAGCACCUUCAUGUUUCUCCUUACACUGCUCUCACUAACCUACCGACCCCUCCUGCCCAGCUCCCAGGACACCCCCAGCAAGAGAGGUGCCCACACCCUGCGACAGCGCUUUGUGGCUCAGUUCAGGAAGUACUUCAACAUGCGUGUGUUCCGCCAACGCACCUACCGCAUCUGGGCCUUUGGGAUCGCUGCUGCCGCUCUUGGUUACUUCGUCCCCUAUGUACACCUGACGAAAUAUGUGGAAGAUGAGUUCAAGGAAAUCAAGGAGACCUGGGUGCUCUUGGUGUGUAUUGGGGCUACCUCAGGCCUCGGACGUCUUGUGUCAGGCCACAUCAGUGACUCCAUUCCUGGACUGAAGAAGAUAUACCUGCAGGUCCUCUCAUUCCUGCUCCUGGGCCUGAUGUCUAUGAUGAUUCCUCUGUGCUGGGACUUCUGGGGCCUUAUCGUUGUCUGCCUCUUCCUGGGUCUAUGUGAUGGCUUCUUCAUCACCAUCAUGGCUCCGAUUGCAUUUGAGCUGGUGGGACCAAUGCAGGCUUCACAGGCCAUUGGCUACCUCCUGGGCAUGAUGGCCCUGCCAAUGAUCGCUGGGCCUCCCAUUGCAGGCCUCCUUCGAAACUGCUUUGGUGACUACCAUGUGGCCUUCUACUUUGCGGGUGUGCCCCCCAUCAUUGGGGCUGUAAUCCUCUUCUUCGUCCCUCUGAUGCAUCAAAAGAUGUUCAAGAAAGAGCAGAGAGAUUCCAGCAAGGAUAAGAUGUUGUCCCACGAUCCGGACCCCAACGGAGAACUGCUGCCAGGCUCCCCCGCUCCUGAAGAGCCCAUUUAAUCCCUCUGGCUUGCCAUCAUGUGCUCCUCCCCCACCCCACCCCUCCAUCCCACCCUGCUCAGCAUUUACAUUUUUGCCACCAGCACACUUGUUCCUAAACCUGUGCACACAGCAUUUCAGCCACCUGACCAUCUCCUCUGAGCCAAUGCUCUCAGUGUUCCAAACUCAUUAAGCAAAUUCUCCCCCAUGAAUGCCUUGAAACUUGCCAGGCCCUUCUCCCAGGAUCUGGGAAAAUGUGGGAUCACCCCCUGGCCUUUGGAUCCUCUCCAUACACUUUCUAGCCCC